AUGUGCGCCCUGCACCAUGGGAGCGCAGGCCCUCCCUUCCAGACCGCUGGCUUGCCUCUCCGUGUCCGCCGCUCUGCCGUCGCCUGUAUCACCUGUCGUCGGCGCAAGAUCCGCUGCGAUGUGACCAUCAGUGGAACGCCCUGUACGAACUGCCGACUCGAUAACGAUCAGUGUGUUACGGUGAAUCAGAAGCGCCCGCGGAAGGCGAAGAAUGCGGCUGUGCCCUCUGCGCAGGACAGCCAGGCAUUAGCCAACCGUCCUCUUGUAACCAACACAGCACCUCCUCCGUGGUCAGCGAUAGAGUAUCCUGUCAGUGUUCAGGAGAACAGUUCAGUUCACAGUGCCUGGCCGCCUCUUCUCUCUGCAGAGACGAGAUGGCUCCCUCCAAACGACGUAGCAUACCUGACCAGCCAGCAAGCACUCACUCUCCCCAAGAAGGCGAUCAUCCACACCCUGCUGCAGUACUAUUUCCUCCAUGUUCACCCGUGCUUUCCUGUUGUCAAGGAGAGCGAAUUCCGCGAUGGCAGUCUCCAUCAAACGCCCUUUUCGUUGUUGGUCUUCCGGUCAAUGCUCUUCGCUGCAGCUUGCCACAUUCCUUCUCAGUGCGUCCAGGAUGCCGGAUAUGCUUCCGUUGCGCAGCUGAGGUACUCGCUUUAUAAAACAGCCAAGUCGUUGUAUGAUUUUGGAGUAGAAAAAGAUCCAUUCCAUAUUGCACAGGCGACACUGCUGCUUGCGUACCAUUUCGACUCUACAGACCCUCUUUGCAACGCGACAUGGCUGGCCAUCGCAGUGCAGCAUACGCGGCGAACGAACGCUCUCCGAGAGAACCCGCAGGAUCACCGUCGAGUAAGUCAGUCUGAUAUCAAGCGUCUAUGGUGGUGCUGCGUUCUGCGAGACCGCAUCCUGGCCCUCGCGCCCCGUCGCCCGCUUGUUAUCACUCUCGAUCAAUUCGACCCUUCAAAGGCAGACUACUUAACUAUAGACGAUGUUUGGGAGGGGGAGUCCAACUUCUAUAGCCCUCCUAUGAGGAAAGUCCUCUACCAAGUCCUGAUCAGCCAAUGCCGGCUUGCCUCUAUAUUAACGCCCUUGGUCAUGUCUGCAGAGUACUCGCCCGACCUUGUAGGACCGCAGGUCUGUAUAAACAGGGAGAGGGCCCUCGGCUGGCAAGCAUAUUCACGACUCUCCUCCUGGGAGAAGGACUAUGGCGCCUUGUUAGGGCACGAAGAGGCCAACAAGAACCUGGCGGUGGCAGUCAACAUCCACAUCACUUCCUUAUUCUUCAUAGGAGCCCUCCUAGCCAUGUUGAGCCGCAUCGCUGUGCUCCAUCUCUCCGACUGCCGCUGCACUCUGUCCUCCCCCAGACUGAGUGACUCGGCCGGCCGCGAGGUGUAUCUACGCGGCAUCCACAGCCUGGUCUCAAAAACAAACGACGAAGUGCAGUGGUUCACCUCGAAUCACGUCCUUUACUUCCUCCCCGUCAGCACCAGAUGGCUCACCCUCCUCCAGCACGCCCUGAACAUCCUCUGGCUCCACGGCGACGACCUCGACGAACAGACAGUCACUUCCACCUCCCAACCAGGCACCGGCACAUCUACCGUCCUCACCUCCUACACAGAGCUAGACAAUGACUACAGCGCACGCUUCGGCCUAGAGACCCUCUCCCAGGCUCUUCCUCACCUCGUCAGACUCACAAUGUCAGUCUACGACAGCACCUCCACCGUCUCCUCGAAAGAACCCCAACCCCAACAUCAAUCCCGACCACCAAUCACCCAACCAAACGGCUCCAUCGACCUAACCCACCUCACCCCAUCAGAAAUCAUCCGGCUAGCCAACAUCUCCGUCCGCCUCUCCGUCGCAAUGGACUACGCCUCCACAAUCGGCGACUGUCGCCACUUCACCUUCGAAACUCUCUCCUCCCUCCUCCGCCGUCUUGACAUCCAUCGAGAGCCGAGUGACUGCUCCGCAUCGUCAUCGACGUCGUCAUCUGGAGUAGCUGCAAGGGCAAUACCAGGAGCAAUACCAGGAGAAAGAGCAAGACCAAAUAUGGAUAUAGACCCCAUUGGAUCUGGAUCUGGAUCUGAAUCUCCCCCGCAAAUGCAGUAUACGAUUCCAGGAGUUGUAGACGCAGCAACGCCGAGUUCCUCGAGUGGCUCUCAGCACUCGCGGUAUGCGCUCUCUCCGCCGCCGCUUCUCGGUUUACCGUUGUCUUUGCAUGGUUCUGGGCCUGGGGUUGAUAUCACUGGUGCGGCAGGGACAACCUGUGAUGGCGGAGAUGCAAAUGCAGAUGUAGAUGCAGUACCAGGUGAAGAUGGUGGUGGUGGUGGUGGUGGUGCAACUUCGUUGGAAAGAUUCGGGGCUACUGCUACGACGGAAAUGGCGGGCCAUUCUAUGCAGGAGUGGGCGAGUGAGUUGGAGGAGUUUUUGGGGCCUUUGUUUGGUCUUUAA